UUUAUUUUUAUUUUGAAUUCUCCAUUCUCCCAGCCCUUCCUGACUCGAUUUACUCAACCCCGAAAUAUUGAGGUAGCAAUGGGGACAACAGGCAUGGACUGCCGUAACUGGGACGAAGACAUAUACAGAGAUUCCGUUAUACUGGAAAGACAAUCCCAAUGCCGAACUGUUUUCCGUACCGCAUUUGCCCCGAACCCGAACCAUGAUUCCUAUCCGGACCUCAUCGUCGCCGCCAUUAGCGACGGCUCCAUCGCCUCUUACCCUAUCUCUUCUUGCCACGAAUUGAACUCUGCUGCCAAUUCAUUGGUGCCAGUUGCUGAACCUAGUUGGAUGGUACAAGGACAUGAUGGACCUUCUUAUGAUGUUAAAUUUUAUGGUAACCAUGAAGAUUCGUUGUUAUUGAGUUGUGGUGAUGAUGGUCGGAUUCGAGGAUGGAAGUGGAAAGAAAUGUUGGAGUCUAAGGAAUCGGCGCAAGGAGGCGUAUCAAAGCCGGUACUUGACUUGGUAAAUCCUCAAAAGAAAGGUCCGUGGGGUGCGCUUUCGCCAAUUCCUGAAAAUAAUUGCAUGGCUGUUAAUAAUCAGACCGGAUCCAUUUUUGCUGCUUCUGGUGAUUCUUGUGCAUACUGCUGGGAUGUGGAGAAGAAUGAAAUAAAGAUGGUUUUUAAAGGACAUUCAGACUACUUGCAUUGCAUUGUUGCGCGAAAUUCUCACAAUCAGGUUAUAACUGGUUCAGAGGAUGGGACAGCACGAAUAUGGGAUUGCAGAAGUGGUAAAUGUAUUCAAAUAAUUGAUCCCCAGAAGGAUAAGAAGUUGAAGGAGUUGUUUCCAUAUGUCAGUUGCAUAGCACUCGAUGCAAGCGAGAGUUGGCUGGCGUGUGGAAGUGGCCGGUCUUUAUCUGUUUGGAAUCUUCAAGCUUGUGAAAGUGUUUCAGGUAUCACGACAAGUGCUGCUAUCCAGGAUGCAGUAUUUGAUGAUAAUCAAGUUUUAGCUGUUGGAGCGGAGCCUCUGCUUAGUCGCUUUGACCUGAAUGGAGAUAUUAUUUCACAGAUACCGUGCGCUCCUCAGUCAUUGUUUUCCGUUUCUGCACAUCCUUCAGGGGUCACAGCAGUAGCUGGUUACGGAGCAUUAGUGGAUAUUGUAUCACAAUUUGGAAGUCAUUUGUGCACAUUCCAGUGCAAAGGAGUUCAGAAGGGACUGCCAAUCAGCAGCAGUAGUAAAAUUCAUGUGGUGGUGAAAUUGGUGGCAAUGGUGGUGGUGAAACUAGCGGCGAUGGUGGGGGCGGAGUGGUGGUUCCGCUUUAUUCACUUUCACACUAACAACAACUCCUCUUUCUCUUUCUCUUCUCUUCUCUUUACUUUCAAUCUCACCUUUUCUCCAGUCAUGGCGGGUGAAGCUCCUGAUGGAUCCCAAUUUGAUGCUCGUAAAUUUGAUUCGAAAAUGACAGAGUUGCUAAAUGCUGAGGGGCAAGAGUUCUUCACCUCAUAUGACGAGGCUUAUGAUAGUUUUGAUGCUAUGGGAUUGAAGGAGAACCUCCUGAGAGGCAUUUAUGCAUAUGGUUUUGAGAAACCCUCAGCAAUCCAGCAAAGAGGAAUUGUACCUUUUUGCAAAGGUCUUGAUGUGAUUCAACAGGCUCAGUCUGGAACCGGAAAGACUGCUACUUUUUGUUCAGGAGUUCUGCAACAACUGGACUAUGAACUGUUAGAUUGUCAAGCUUUGGUCUUGGCACCUACUCGUGAGCUCGCACAACAAAUUGAAAAGGUCAUGCGAGCACUUGGAGACUAUCUUGGUGUCAAGGUUCAUGCUUGUGUGGGAGGUACCAGUGUCCGUGAGGAUCAACGAAUCCUUUCAAGUGGGGUUCAUGUUGUUGUGGGAACACCUGGACGUGUAUUUGACAUGUUGAGAAGACAGUCUCUCCGCCCUGAUCACAUUAAGAUGUUUGUAUUGGACGAGGCUGAUGAAAUGCUUUCCAGAGGUUUCAAGGAUCAGAUCUAUGAUAUCUUCCAGCUCUUGCCUCCUAAGAUUCAGGUUGGUGUUUUCUCUGCCACAAUGCCUCCUGAGGCUCUUGAGAUCACAAGGAAGUUCAUGAACAAACCUGUGAGGAUUCUUGUCAAACGCGAUGAACUGACCUUGGAAGGUAUCAAACAGUUUUAUGUGAAUGUGGAAAAGGAAGAAUGGAAGCUUGAGACCCUUUGCGAUCUGUAUGAAACCUUAGCCAUCACCCAGAGUGUGAUUUUUGUGAAUACACGUCGCAAAGUUGACUUGUUAACAGACCAGAUGCGAGGCAGAGACCAUACAGUCUCAGCUACCCAUGGUGACAUGGACCAGAACACUAGGGAUAUUAUAAUGCGUGAAUUCCGUUCUGGUUCCUCGCGUGUUCUCAUCACCACCGAUCUUUUAGCCAGAGGAAUUGAUGUCCAACAAGUCUCCCUUGUCAUAAAUUAUGAUCUCCCCACUCAACCUGAGAAUUAUCUUCAUCGUAUUGGACGUAGUGGACGGUUUGGUAGGAAGGGUGUUGCAAUCAACUUUGCAACCAAGGAUGAUGAGAGAAUGUUGUCUGACAUUCAGAGGUUUUACAACGUGGUAAUUGAGGAGCUUCCAGCAAAUGUUGCUGAUCUACUGUAAGCUUUUUUCGGCUCUAAUGGCUACAAGAAUCGAACGGCAGGCCGUUGUUUGCUUUGGCCAUUUCUCCACAAUUUACGCAAUUUUUCUUCUUUUUAUUGUUUUGAUUUAAUUUUAACUCUUUGUUUGUUUGUUUAGUUUAAUAGCCUUAGUGUAGUGCUGAACUAAUGAGUAAUACACAUUGGAUUGUCUUAUUUAUCAUCAUAUACAGUGGUGAGCUUUUGCUAGUCU